GCGGCGGCGGCUCGCGCGGGCGCGCACGGCGGCCCCCAAGGCGCCGGAGAACCGCGGCCGGCGGGCGGGCAGGCAGAGCGGGCGCCUUGUGAGCUGCAGGGACCAGAUUAAAGAAUUUACCUGAAGACAAAGCAUUCUGUUCAUCAGAGACUGGACAAGAGUUACUCUUGCUUUUGGCAAUUAAAGAUGAUGUUGUCAUGGAAACAGUUGAUCCUGCUUUCAUUCAUUGGCUGCCUCAGAGGUGAGCUUCUCUUGCAAGGUCCAGUGUUUAUCAGAGAGCCCAGCAACAGCAUUUUCCCUGUGGGUUCAGAGGAUAAAAAAAUAACUUUAAAUUGUGAAGCAAGAGGCAACCCCUCACCUCAUUACAGAUGGCAGCUGAAUGGAAGUGAUAUUAAUCUGAAUAUGGAAUAUCGUUAUAAGUUGAAUGGAGGAAAUCUUGUGGUUAUUAACCCCAACAGAAAUUGGGAUACAGGAAGUUACCAGUGUUUUGCAACAAAUUCACUUGGAACAAUAGUCAGCAGAGAAGCUAAACUCCAGUUUGCCUAUCUUGAAAAUUUUAAAACCAAAAUGAGAAGUACGGUGUCCGUGCGUGAAGGCCAGGGAGUCGUCCUGCUCUGUGGCCCACCGCCACACUCUGGAGAACUGUCAUAUGCUUGGAUCUUCAAUGAAUAUCCAUCAUUUGUUGAAGAAGACAGUCGGAGAUUUGUCUCUCAAGAGACAGGCCACCUCUAUAUAGCCAAGGUUGAGCCGUCCGAUGUGGGUAAUUACACAUGUGUGGUGACAAGUACAGUGACGAACGCUAGGGUGCUGGGCUCCCCAACUCCUCUGGUGCUACGUUCUGAUGGUGUGAUGGGUGAAUAUGAACCAAAAAUAGAAGUGCAGUUUCCAGAAACUCUUCCAGCAGCUAAAGGUGCAACUGUGAAAUUGGAAUGUUUUGCUCUUGGAAAUCCUGUACCUCAGAUUAAUUGGAGGAGAAGUGAUGGACUGCCCUUUUCCAGUAAAAUUAAACUGAGGAAGUUCAAUGGUGUGCUUGAAAUCCCCAACUUCCAACAGGAAGAUACGGGUUCCUAUGAAUGCAUUGCUGAGAAUUCCCGAGGAAGAAAUGUCGCCAGAGGGCGUCUCACUUACUAUGCAAAGCCUCAUUGGAUUCAGCUCAUAAAAGAUGUAGAAAUAGCAGUGGAGGACAGUCUUUUUUGGGAAUGCCGGGCAAGUGGUAAGCCCAAACCCUCCUACCGAUGGUUGAAAAACGGAGAAGCCCUUGUGCUUGAGGAGAGAAUACAGAUAGAAAAUGGUGCCCUUACAAUAUCGAACCUAAACGUGACUGAUUCUGGCAUGUUCCAGUGCAUCGCAGAAAACAAACAUGGUCUCGUCUAUUCCAGUGCCGAACUUAAGGUUGUAGCUUCUGCUCCAGAUUUUUCAAAGACUCCAAUGAAAAAGUUGAUUCAGGUGCAGGUGGGCAGCAUGGUCAGCUUGGAUUGUAAACCUAGAGCCUCCCCCAAACCACUCUGUUCAUGGAAGAAAGGAGAUAUGAUCAUCCAGGAGAAUGAAAGAAUUUCUUUUUUAAAAGAUGGAGGACUUAAAAUAGCCAAUGUGACUAAAGCUGAUGUUGGAACUUACACCUGCACAGCAGAAAACCAGUUUGGAAAAGCAAAUGGCACAACGCACUUGGUUGUUACAGAACCAACACGAAUCACUUUGGCACCAUCCAACAUGGAUGUCUCGGUUGGUGAAAGUGUCAUUUUGCCCUGCCAAGUGCAGCAUGACCCCCUAUUAGACAUCAUGUUCACCUGGUAUUUCAAUGGGGCCCUCACCGAUUUUAAGAAAGAUGGAUCUCACUUUGAGAAAGUCGGUGGGAGUUCAUCUGGUGAUUUAAUGAUCAGAAACAUUCAGCUGAAACACAGUGGAAAAUAUGUGUGUAUGGUGCAGACGGGGGUGGACAGUGUUUCGUCUGCUGCCGACCUCAUCGUAAGAGGUUCACCUGGACCACCAGAAAAUGUGAAGGUAGAUGAAAUUACAGAUACCACAGCCCAACUCUCUUGGAAAGAAGGUACAGAUAACCAUAGCCCAGUUAUAUCCUAUUCUGUCCAGGCGAGGACACCUUUCUCCGUGGGUUGGCAGACUGCCACAACAGUGCCUGAGGUCAUUGAUGGGAAAACACACACAGCUACUGUAGUCGAGUUAAAUCCAUGGGUGGAAUACGAAUUUCGGGUUGUAGCCAGUAACAAAAUCGGAGGUGGAGAACCCAGUUUACCCUCAGAAAAAGUAAGAACUGAAGAGGCAGUUCCGGAAGUGCCUCCUUCAGAAGUCAGUGGAGGAGGUGGAAGCCGGUCUGAGCUGGUGAUAACUUGGGAUCCAGUUCCCGAAGAACUACAGAACGGUGAAGGUUUUGGUUAUGUUGUUGCCUUCCGCCCUCUUGGAGUUACCAACUGGAUCCAGACAGUGGUCACAUCUCCUGAUACCCCAAGAUAUGUCUUUAGGAAUGAAAGCAUCAUGCCAUUUUCACUGUAUGAAGUUAAAGUGGGUGUUUAUAAUAACAAAGGUGAAGGACCAUUUAGCCCGGUGACAACAGUGUUCUCUGCUGAAGAAGAGCCUACAAUAGCUCCGUCUCAAGUGUCUGCAAAUAGCCUAUCUUCCUCAGAAAUUGAAGUGUCAUGGAAUACCAUUCCUUGGAAGUUAAGCAAUGGACAUUUACUUGGCUAUGAGGUACGUUACUGGAAUAAUGGAGAAGAAGAAUCAUCAAGCAAAGUGAAAGUGGCGGGAAAUGAGACUUCAGCCAGACUCCGGGGCUUGAAGAGUAAUCUGGCAUAUUACACAGCUGUCCGGGCUUACAACAGCGCUGGUGCUGGGCCCUUUAGCACCACAGUGAAUGCAACUACAAAGAAAACUCCUCCCAGUCAGCCACCAGGAAAUGUUGUUUGGAAUGCUACAGACACUAAAGUGUUACUUAAUUGGGAACAAGUUAAAGCAACGGAGAACGAAUCAGAAGUAACGGGAUACAAAGUGUUCUAUAGGACUAGCAGUCAAAAUAAUGUACAAGUGCUGAACACAAAUAAGACGUCAGCAGAACUUUUGUUGCCCAUUAAAGAGGACUACAUUAUUGAAGUUAAGGCCACCACGGAUGGAGGGGAUGGAGCCAGUAGCGAACAGAUCAGGAUUCCAAGGAUAACCAAUAUGGAUGCAAGAGGUUCUACUUCAGCCAUCUCAAAUGUCCACGCUGUGUCAAGUUAUAUACCUGUAGUAUUCUUUAUUGUAAAUGCCUUGUGGUGAUACUAACUUUUUUUUUUAUUUACUAGAAAGUUAAUUGGUUACAGAAAAAGUGCUUUCAUGAAAUGCGGUGGUUAUGCAUGUUUUUUUUUUCCACUCUGUAUUUUUAACUUUCUAUAGGUAAAAUGUGAAUAUAAUAAAAAAAAACAGUAAAUCCUUUUAGGGGAAUCUGAAAUGCCUUAAUAUUUACUUGAUAAACCAAAGGAAUUUACAUAUUACCUACAUUAGACUUUUGAUAAAGAUCUUCAUAAGCUAUGAUUUUAAGCACUGCCUAUGGAUAGACUCACGUGCUCUCAUGUGUAUACGCACACACUCAUGCGCACACGUGUUCGUUUGUCUGUUUUUUUAAUGUAGAAAAACUCAUUUAAUCCAAACGUUAUUUUCCCAUGAUAACAGCAUUGCUCAGAAGACUUAAUCAGUAUUAUUUUGAUAUGCUCAUUUGAAAUACUCAAGGGUGAAAAUACAUUUUUUAAAUUACCCUGUUUGGAAGAGGGUGCAUGUGAUUCAAAAGAAUGUUGGAAAGUGCUACACCAGAGGUGGGAACAGUGCUGUUUUGUUUAGGCAUGACAAAGUUGUGAGAUUCUUUACAAAUCACCUUGCUCUCUCCAGUUGUCAAUUUUUCAUCUACAGAAUGUGGAGAUAAUACCCAGCAUACCUGCCCCUGCCCCAUGCAUUGUUUGUUAAGAGAUAAAGAAGGGAAUGUGAAAGUGUUUUGUUACCCUUAACAUGCUGAAUCUGUGCAAAAUAUUAAUAAGAAUUUAUUUAACCAUAUAAAAGUCAUACGGACCAGCCACUUUUUUACAGCUUGCAUUCUAUUAUGGGUAAUGCUUUCUUUUUUUCAAUGAUAUUAUAAAAUUGAAAUGAUUCCAUUUUAUUCUUUCUCAUAUAUUAAAAAAAAUUAAAAAGUAAUUGUUUCCUUCACAUCUGCGAACAAGCUUUCAGGUUUUAUUAAAAUAUGGUGGAGAAAAUAAGGAAUGACCUGACUCUCAACUCAAAUAUUAAACAAAAUUCACACAAUUCUUCAUUUCCAAUUUCUGAUUCCAUUCAGGGACCCUUUCUUUUUUGGAUGGUGGAGAUAGUUUUUUAAUGAAAUCCAACCGUCUAUCAGAGUGAGUCUGGCAGGCUUUUUAGUUCCUGAGUUAAAUUUGUAAUAGAACCACGGCAAUGCUGCUGACUUUGAUAUGUAUGACUCAGUCUUUCAAUAUGUGGUUUUCAAAAGAUUGUUGAAGACAUGACUUCAUAGCAAUAUGUAAAGUAUAUAUGAAAAUCGACAGAUUGAGUGUUAGACAUUGCAAAAUCAAUUUUUUACCUCUUUCCUACCAAUUUCACAUUUUGCAGGAACUUGUUCUUCUUUACAAAGAUAGAAUUUGAAACCAACAGUUCAGACAUCAAAAAAGGAUAGAAAUUAGCAAAAUUCUGAUACCAUCAUGAAAUAUUGCUUUAUGUUGAAAGAUUACAUUUGAGAUAAAGUCAUUAUACACAAAAGAGAAAAAUAUUUAUAAUUUUCUCUGCAAGGUCUGUAUAUAUUGUAUAUAUCUAGAAAAAAUCUGGGUGACUAGUAGAUUUCAUAUGACCAUUGUUAUUUCCAGUCAAAAAGCGGGGAAACACUUUCUCCAAUACCUGUAUUUUAUGCUACAUGUAAUGGAGUUGUACCUUUUUAUUAUUUAGUAAUUCUGAUAAUAUGUUCCUAUACUUUCCAUUUUCAAGAUGAUUACUCUAUUGUUUCCUGGCGUUUGUAGCAAUAUAUCUCCAUGAGAUAUGUACUUUGUUUCAUAUUGAAAAGUAUAAAAUUUAUCUUUAAAUUCUGUGUGUGUAUCCUAUGGUUAUCUGUAUGUAUUAUUUUCUAUUAUUCGAA